AUGAAUUCAACAACGACCACAACAACAAAUAAUUAUCACCACAACAGCAACCCGCAUCAUCAGAACCAGCAGCAGUAUCACUAUUCCAAUCAUCAUCAUUACCCGCAACCUGUAGGUAUUGCAGCUUUAUCCUCCACGAGUUCAAGCGGGAACAUCCUUCUUCCAAGCUCAUCAACGGCUCCUCUCCUGGUGAAUCAUCAUCAUCCAUCUUCUCAUAACAACAAUUAUUCAUCAUCGGUUUAUCAUCCCCAAACACGCGCAGGUGCUGCACUAUCAUCAGUGAUACCAUCAUCAUUGCCAGCUCAACAACACUCCAUGAUUCCAACAAUCUCUUCUAACCAUCAUCUAUCAUCACAACAACAACAACAACCAAACCAUCAACAUCCGUCUUCCUUUAUCAUUCCCACAUCCUCCUCCUACCCAACAAACUCUCAAUCAGCACAGCCCAAUCCUCCCCAAACAACCUCCAAUAGUACAUCCUCACAACCCCAGCAUUCACCUUCUGUCUCACAGCAACCACACUCGAAUUUCAACAACAGCAACAGCAAUAAUAACAUGAGCAAUAAUUCGGCAGAACCCAAACUUCGAGUGUACAAUUCAUUACUCAAAACGCCAGAAGGGAUAUUCACCAUGGAUUCGGCAAGCUUAACAUGUGAGCCACAUGGCUUCAAACCCAAUGACAGACGUGGAGCACCACAAACAACACAUAGUGUGUACGUGAGUGAUGUUUUGGUGGUGAGCUGCGAUUUGGUGAGUGGCAAUCAUCAACCUGGAAUAUUUCAAAACUGCACGGCGCGAUUGGUUCAUUUGUUGGGCAAUGGAGGCAGCACAAGCACUUCAAACAAACGAAAGAAGAAGAAAGACGGAGGUGGUGAUAAUGAAAAUGAUGAUACCAAUGCUGACGAUUUGGCGUCAGAGGAUGACCAAAAUGAUGAUACUCAAAAGAAAAAGCCAAAGAAAAAGAACAAGAAGAAAGAUCAAGAUGAUGUGAGUGAGGAUUUUCAAGCAACCGAUUUCACACAAGCUGGAAUGUUGGAAUCUUUUGAAUUACUUUCAGAGCAACCAUGUCAAGAAAAUAUGCCAAAAAGUAAAAUUAUUGCAUCUCUUAAGGUACCAAGAGUGAGAGGACGGGAUUGCAAAACCAAGACAGGUCAGGUUCAAGUGAUUCGAUUUAAGGGAAAUCCGGAAAUGGAACAAAUUAUUGCAGUGAGUGAUUUAUUUUGGAUUCGAUCAAGAACAAGAACUGAAAUGGAGGUUAGAAAAUUUAAAAAACAAUCAGCCUCAUCUUCAAACAUGCAUGACAGCAAUUCACAACAACCGCCACAACCAGUGUCAUUGAAUUGGCCCAAUGUCAAACCUGCUGCUUCUCCCUCUAACGACUCUUCACCCAAUAAUACCUCAGAACAACUACCUCCCAAGAAAAGACGUGGAAAUGGUAGUCCAGUCAAUGUUCCAACUGUGGCCACAACAACAAGCAAUAGUAUUAGCAAGGAAAUUCCAAGCCCUUACAGAGUUGGCAAUUUCCCUUCCUCGCAUCCCAACAUGUAUCAUGCACAUCAUUCAAACAAUGCAGUUACAGCUGGUCAUCCUUCACAUUUUCCGAUAUCUAAUGUUCUCAACAACACAACUGCUCAUUACAUGCCGCCUCACCAUCCUUCUCAUCACAUGACCACAACAGCUUCAGAACAUGUGGCAUCCUCAGCUCAUUCAUAUCGAAAUGAACAACAUCAGCAAGGUCAAUAUGAAGAAUUGAAACAACGAGUACAGUUUUUGGAGGAAAAAGUUCAUGAACUCGAGCAAAUAAUAUUGAGAUAUGGAAUGUCUAAACAAUCGCCAUCUUAUCAGCAAUCCACUUCGCCCUCAAUGACACUUCAAGUGCCUUCACAGACCCAUCAUUCGGCACAAUCCACGUCAACAACAGCACAACAUCAAACUCAACUUCCUCCACACACGCUCCACGAAAUGCUUCACACUUCACCGAAUGUUGACCGUUUGUUCUUCUCCACUCCAAAAACGUCAUCAGGAAGUAGCAGUGUUGCUUCUGUGGGAGAGCCAGCCACAGCAUCAACAACAACAACACCGAACAAUCCCUCCUCUAUUGUUUUCAAACCUUUCCCAAUUGACAUGUUCAGUCAAGACAUACCAAAAGUGCAAGCAGACUCUAAAAAAGAAACACCAAGUCUUCCUAGCAUUCCGUCUAUCAUUCAAAAUGUGGAGUCACAAAACAGUACCCCUAGUGUUUUCAAGAUAUUCGAUAGCUCUGAUCCAAUUUUCCCAAUCUCCAACACUCCUUUCCUUGAGAGAAAUUAUCAAGAACAACAACCACUAAUACUAAUGGAACCUCAAAAUCAUGUUUUUCUUCACAGUGCAGCCCUUAACAAGGACACUGCUUUUACCAUUGAAGAUCGAAAGAAAUUUGGCUUGAGAGGUUUAUUGCCACCUCGUGUGGAAACCAUUACCCAUCAAUUAGUGAGAGCUUUACGACAAUUUCGUUCUUUUAAGAAUCCUUUGGAUAAAUAUAUUUAUUUGAUGAGUUUGCAGAUGCGAAAUCAGACCUUGUUUUUCAGAUUGUUAGUGGACAAUAUGGUUGAAAUGUUGCCUAUUGUCUACACACCAACGGUUGGUGAUGCUUGUCUCCAAUUUGAUCAAAUUUGGCGUGUUGCUCAAGGAAUGUACAUUUCUCUCGAAGAUAAGGGAUCCAUUCCAGAAAUUCUCAAAAACUGGAACAAGACACCUGACAUUAUUGUCGUCUCGGAUGGUUCCAGAAUUCUCGGUCUCGGAGAUUUGGGUGCCAAUGGAAUGGGUAUUCCAAUUGGUAAACUCAAUCUCUAUGUUGCUGCAGCUGGUUUUCAUCCAGAAAAAACUCUUCCAAUUUUGAUCGAUGUUGGAACGAACAAUGAAGGAUUAUUGGCUGAUGAAUUAUACUUGGGAUUGAGAAGAAAGAGAGUAAGAGGACCUGAAUUUUAUGAGCUCAUGUCUGAAUUUAUGAGUAGUGUGAAAAAGCAAUGGCCUAACUGUUUGGUACAAUUUGAAGAUUUUUCUAAUGAUGUUUGUUUUGAUUUAUUGGAUCAAUACAGAGAUGUGCAAUUGUGUUUCAAUGACGAUAUUCAAGGAACUGGAGCUGUGAUUGUUGCUGGAUUUUUGAAUGCUGCCAAAAUUACUGGUAAAAGAGCGUAUCAACACAAAUUACUUUUCAUGGGAGCUGGUUCAGCUGCCACCGGAGUUGCCGAUCAAUGUUUCGGUGUCAUGAAAAUUCAAGCAGAACAAGAUGGAGUUCCAAAAGAACAAAUCGAAGCUGACUCUGAACAUUGGGUUUAUUUGGUAGAUUCCAAAGGAUUGGUCACACAAACUCGUUCUGAUUACAAUGACAUGCCACACCAUAAGAAAAAGUAUGCCAAGAAGGGAGAUGAAACUUUGGGUAAUUUCCAAUCCAAUUCCUUGUUGGAAAUUAUUAGGAAAGUGAAACCUACUGCAAUUAUUGGAUUGUGUGGUCAAUCUGGAGUGUUCACAAAGGAAGUCAUUGAGGAAGUUUCCAAAUUGAAUGAAAAACCAAUUGUUUUCGCAUUGUCCAAUCCAACCAAGAAUUCAGAAUGCACUGCAAGAGAAGCUAUUGAAUAUUCGGAUGGAAGAGCAAUCUUUGCAUCUGGAUCUCCAUUUGAUGAUGUGGAAUAUAAUGGAAAGACUUAUCAACUCAGUCAAGGAAAUAACUUGUAUAUUUUCCCUGCUCUUGGAUUGGGAGCAGUGGUGUCGAGAUCUCGUCAUGUGACCGAUCAUAUGAUUUUGAGAGCUGCACAAACUUUGUCUGAUCUCACCGAUGAAGAAAGAUUGCAAAAGGGUCUCUUGUAUCCAAGUUUGACAAACAUUAGACCUAUUGCUCAAAAGAUUGCUGUUGAAGUUGGAAAACAAAGUGUGAAAGAAGGAAUGUCGCAAUUGGAUGCCAAUGAAAUUCCAAAAACUGAUGAGGAAUGGGCACAACUUGUGAAUAGCUAUGUUUACAUGCCAGAUUAUGUUGAUUCUAAAUUGUAA